AUGAACAUCUUCCGUCUAUCCGCCGAUUUGGCUCACUUGGCUGCCAUUGCAAUUCUUUUGCAUAAAAUAUGGAAAUCUCGGAGCUGUGAAGGAAUAUCUGGACGCUCCCAAGUGUUAUUCGGUCUGGUAUUCAUCGCUCGUUAUUUGGAUAUUUUCACUAACUUCAUCUCACCCUAUAACACUUUAAUGAAGCUUUUCUAUUUGGUUACUUCUAUUGGAACUGUUUAUUUGGUUUUGCACAAGUUCAAGGCUACAUAUGAUAGAAACAAUGAUACACUUAGGGUAGAAUUCCUCGUCGCUCCAUGUGCCAUCUUAGCUCUUCUCAUCAAUCAUGAGUUCACUUUCAUGGAGAUCUUAUGGACUUUCUCAAUCUACUUGGAGGCUGUUGCUAUCAUGCCACAACUUUUUAUGCUUUCGCGAACAAAGAAUGCUGAAACCAUCACAGCUCACUACCUGUUUGCUUUAGGAUCUUAUCGUGGUCUCUACAUCAUCAACUGGAUUUACAGGUAUUACACUGAAAACUUCUUCGACCCUAUCGCCGUUGUUGCUGGAAUCGUCCAAACUGUUCUUUAUGCUGACUUCUUCUACCUUUAUGUUACCCAAGUUCUCCAAGUUAACAGAAAGUUCGAGAUGCCAGCUUAA